GCCCAGAAGUGGAUGUACGGGGGCUUGGACACCAACAUCUUCCUGCAGUACAUGGCCUGGGUCACCUACCCCGUGGUGCUCAUCACCUUCUCGGCCGGCUUCACCCAGAUCCUGGCCCCGCAGGCCGUGGGCUCAGGCAUCCCCGAGAUGAAGACCAUUCUCCGAGGUGUGGUGCUGAAGGAGUAUCUCACCCUCAAGACCUUCGUGGCCAAGGUCAUCGGCCUGACCUGUGCACUGGGCAGCGGGAUGCCCCUGGGCAAGGAGGGGCCCUUUGUCCACAUUGCCAGCAUGUGCGCCACCCUGCUCAGCAAAUUCCUCUCCCUCUUUGGAGGCAUCUACGAGAACGAGUCCCGCAAUAUCGAGAUGCUGGCGGCUGCCUGUGCCGUGGGCGUCGGCUGCUGCUUUGCUGCCCCCAUUGGAGGCGUCCUCUUCAGCAUCGAGGUCACGUCCACCUUCUUCGCCGUCCGCAAUUAUUGGCGUGGCUUCUUCGCCGCCACCUUCAGUGCCUUCAUCUUCCGCGUGCUCGCCGUGUGGAACAAGGACGAAG